GAGCAAUUGAACAAUAACAAUAAAAAUAAGACUUUUUAUCAAAAAAAUUUUCGCAAAAGUAUUCUUUAUAUGAUUUGUAAUCAUUUUUCAAAACAUCCAAUGAUUCCAGUAGAAGCUGAAUGGAAAAAAUUAUCAACUGAAAUAAUUAAGAACAACACUAAGCGUAUUACUAAUCUUUCACUUUGGAUUACACAUCAAAAACCAUAUCCUUUAUUGAAAAUUAAAGAUAAAUCCUCUUUUUCAGAUUUACCAAAAAAUGUUUAUCUUGCAGUUGAAACUCUUACUCCUGAAAUUUGUAAAUUAAUUAUAUGUAAUAGAAAAUCCAAUUAUCAGAAAACAUCAGAAUAUCAAACUCAAGAAGCGUCAAAAUAUCAAACUCAAGAGGUGUCAGAAUAUCAAACUCAAGAAGCGUCAGAAUAUCAAACUCAAGAAGCAUCAGAAUGUCAAACUCAAGAAGUGUCAGAAUAUCAAACUCAAGAAGCAUUGGAAUAUCAAAUUGAAGAAAUAUCAAAACGUCAUUUACAAGAACAUGAUGUUUCUAUUAAUCAAGACUUAAUUUUCGAAAAAUCUUUAAGAAAAUAA